GCUAUGACUGGAGGGGAGCAGCUCAAAGCUGAGGUACAGGGCCAUCUUUAGUCUGACUUAAACGUUGAAACUAUACACCAUGACUAGCUCAAAGCUGAGGCACAUUGCAUUAGUUGGACUAUUGCUCAGCAUGACUUGAAAUAAUUCAAUUAUAUUUUCUUUCUGUCCCCAGGGUGGUUACUUUGGUCAGAUCCGUAACACUAAGAAGUCGUCCCAGCGUCUAAAGGAUGCCCUGUUGGACCAUGAGCUGGCUCUGCCCCUCUGUCUCCUCAUGGCCCAGCAACGCAAUGGCGUGGUGUUUCUGGAGGGGGGCGAGAAACACCUCAAACUGGUGGGCAAGCUCUACGACCAGGUACGUACUCAUAACCUGCAGAGGGUAAGUUGAAGUCAUGUCGAUAAGCUACAUCAGGGGAAUGGAAUUCUCCCUUGUUUUCAUUACUACAUUUCUUAAACAUUACACAGCUGACAAUGAUGUUUAGUUUAAUUCCCCCAAGUUGCCUUGAAGCUGUGAGGUUUCCUCGUCGAUAAUCUCCCAAAAUUGCCUCUGUGUGCCGUAUUGGGCCACAUUGAUGGAUGGUUUUAAUAAACCAGGUUGUGUCCUUAAACAAAUGAGGAACUGUGGGAUUAAUAACACACAAACAUGUCUGUGCAAUAAGGGAGAAUGAACUCCUUGGUAUGUGUAAAAAAUAGCACCCUAUUUCCUAUAUAGAGCACUACUUUCGACCAGAGCCCAUGCGGGCCCUUGUCAAAAGUAGUGCACUAAAGAAGGGUUAGGGUGCCAUUCUGGACACUCUGACUCUCUCCCCUGUCCCCUGGCUACAGUGUCACGACACCCUGGUCCAGUUCGGUGGCUUCCUGGCCUCCAACCUGAGUACUGAGGAUUACAUCAAGCGUGUUCCCUCCAUCGACAUCCUCUGUAACCAGUUCCACACCCCCCACGACGCUGCCUUCUUCCUCUCACGCCCCAUGUACGGACAUCAGAUCCUGGUGAGUAGUCUCCUUCCCUCUGGUAGUUCACCCUUAGCUUGUACAAUAUGACCAAUGGAUACAUCCACAGUGAGUAUAACAGAUCUACAAAUAUAUUCAAUACAAACUCAUACGACUGCAACCUUGAAUUGAUGUGCACAGUAAUGCUUUGAGAACACUGGCCAUAUAGAGUUCUGGAAGAAGAAUGGUUUUAGUUCCAGAGAGCGACAGCCGCGCUCCUCCCAUGUGCUGUGUAACCUGAUUUACUGUCCCCCUGGCCGGGCGUGAAACAUCCUGAGUUCCCCCUCUGCUGCCGUCACACGACAUGGUCACGCCAUCUGAACAAUCACAUCUGACACACAUUCAUCAUGUCAGGUUGUGUGUCUGGGAACAGAUCAGACUCACUGUCCUGCUGGGAGUCAUGUAUAGUACAGCACCAUGGAUCAGGCUGACCCAGGCUGCUGCUUUCAGACUGCAUAAACUCCUGUACUGAAACAGUGUCCCCUCCUCUCUCCCCAGUCUAAGUAUGAUGAGCUGAAGAAAGCUGAGAAGAGCAACCGGCAGCAGCAGAAGGUCCAUAAGUACGUGGCGGCGUGUGAGCUGGUGAUGUCGCCGGUGCAUGAGGCCGUGGUGUCCCUGCACCCGCCCCGCGUCUGGGACGACCUCCGACCCCAGUUCUACGCCACCUUCUGGUCGCUGACCAUGUACGACCUGGCCGUGCCACACAACGCCUACGACCGCGAGGUGAAGAAGCUACAGGUCCAGGUCAAGGCUAUCGAGGAGAACCCUGAUGUGGUGAGUCACAUCAUCAGGGGCAUGUUCAUUAGAGCACACAAUGGAAAACAGUUUUAAAAGAUUUGCUACGGAAAAUGAAAAUUAGCAUUUCUUAUUGGACCAUGUAGUGGACAAGUCCAAGUAGUCCCUCCCUGUUUCAGUCUGUUUUCUUAUGUUUGGUGCCUAAUGAACAGGACCCCAGGCAUCUAUCAGACUCCUUGAUACUGCAGCACACAGAGACUAUUCUCAUCUUCCAGUUAAUCUCUCCCUCAUCAACAGCUCAUUAAAUGCCCUCCAAACACAGUCACACAGUUCAUUGUGGUGUAAUUGCAAUGGUCUCAAUUAUCACUUGACUUGGAGAGUUAUGGUAAUUGCACUGUAAUUGUAUUGGGCUUCAGCUCUAAGUUGUUAUUAGUGUUCUCUCUGUGUAUGUGUUCUCCCCAUCUAAACAGCAGCCUGUUUGUUUGUCUAUGGUGUCUGCUGUCUGUCUGCAGCCCAUGAACAUACACUAACCAGCCUGUCUGUCUGGUGUCUGCUGUCUGUCUGCAGCCCAUGAACAUACACUAACCAGCCUGUCUGUCUGGUGUCUGCUGUCUGUCUGCAGCCCAUGAACAUACACUAACCAGCCUGUCUGUCUGGUGUCUGUCUGCAGCCCAUGAACAUACACUAACCAGCCUGUCUGUCUGGUGUCUGCUGUCUGUCUGCAGCCCAUGAACAUACACUAACCAGCCUGUCUGUCUGGUGUCUGCUGUCUGUCUGCAGCCCAUGAACAUACACUAACCAGCCUGUCUGUCUGGUGUCUGCUGUCUGUCUGCAGCCCAUGAACAUACACUAACCAGCCUGUCUGUCUGCUGUCUGUCUGCAGCCCAUGAACAUACACUAACCAGCCUGUCUGUCUGCUGUCUGUCUGCAGCCCAUGAACAUACACUAACCAGCCUGUCUGUCUGGUGUCUGCUGUCUGUCUGCAGCCCAUGAACAUACACUAACCAGCCUGUCUGUCUGGUGUCUGCUGUCUGUCUGCAGCCCAUGAACAAGAAGAAGAAAGAGAAGGAGCGCUGCACGGCCCUACAGGACAAGCUGCAGGAGGAGGAGAAGAAACAGCUGGAGCACGUCCAGAGGGUCCUGCACCGCCUCAAACUGGAGAAAGACAACUGGCUCCUUGCCAGUAAGAUCCUCUCUCUCCCUCUCUCCUCCUCUCUCCCUCUCUCUCUCCUCCUCUCUCCCUCUCUCCCUCGCUCUCGCUCUCGCUCCCUCCCUCCCUCCCUCGCUCUCUCUCUCGCUCUCUCUCUCUCUCUCUCUCUCUCUCUCUCUCUCUCUCUCUCUCUCUCUCUCGCUCUCUCGCUCUCUCGCUCUCUCGCUCUCUCGCUCUCUCUCUCUCGCUCUCUCACUCACUAACAGCAGGCUCUGUUGUUGGGACAGUAACACCACAGGACUGCUAAGCCCCCUCAGCUCCCAGGAGGCGCCUCAAAACCAGCCUCAUCUUGUUUGUUUUAGCCCAGUUAACGAGCAUGACCGACCGACAAGUAAUGACAUUAAUAUGGAGUUGUUUGAUUUAAAGGCGCCAUAGUCCGUUUUGGUGGAUGUGGGCUAAUGGCAGCUGUCAACUCUCCCAUUUCAUUAACGAACACAUCAGUCAUAUUUAACGAUUUCUUUGUACAGCUGUACAACCCAAGCUAAUUACAUUUUAAAGGAGUGUGUGUUUGAACCUUCUCAAAUCUUGCUUGAAGAAUUAGUCACUCAAAAGAUGAGUCAUGGGAGUUAGUUGACUGCAAUUCUAAUUUACUGUUCUUCUCCCAUCCUUUUUAUUCAUUUUCCUCUCUCCCUCUCUUUUCUCCCUCGUUCAGAAUCCACCAAGAAUGAGACCAUCACUAAGUUCCUGCAGCUGUGUCUGUUCCCUCGCUGUAUCUUCUCUGCCAUCGACGCUGUGUACUGUGCCCGCUUUGUGGAGCUGGUGCACCAGCAGAAGACCCCCAACUUCUGCACCCUGCUCUGCUAUGACCGGGUGAGACUUCUCCCUUUCUCUCUCUCUCUGUCUUUCUUUCUCUCUCUCUGUCUUUCUCUCUUUCUUUCUCUCUCUCUCUCUCUCUCUCUUUCUCUCUCUCUCUCUUUCUCUCUCUCUCUCUCUCUCUCUCUCUCUCUCUCUUUCUCUCUCUCUCUUUCUCUCUCCCCCUUUCUCAGUUUUUGCCCUCUACUAUCUCUGGUUGUCACAUGUCAUUAUACCAUGGGAUUUUCAUCACUUCAUUACUUUGUCCUGACCUCCUGUGUUGCGUGGUCCUCUCUGCAGGUGUUCUCUGACAUCAUCUACACGGUGGCCAGCUGCACGGAGAACGAGUCGCGGCGCUACGGACGUUUCCUGUGCUGCAUGCUGGAGACUGUGACCCGCUGGCACAGCGACCGUGCCGUCUACGAGAAGGUACCCACUACGCACCUCUCGCUCUCUCACUCACUCUCUCACACACACACACACACUCAUUCACUCACUCUCACACACACACACAUUACAUCCUCUUUCUCUCUCUCGCUCUCUCUCACGUUACAUCUUCUCAGAUCUCAAGUGCAUAGGGUGUAGGGGCUAGGAGUUGAUUUGGGGUUGGGCAACAUUAUCUACUGAUAUUACUAACAUUCACACAAGUGUGGAAGCUGUAUAAUGCACAUGUAACCAGUGUUAACACUUAAUCUUGUCUGCGUGUUGUCCCCUCUUCAAGGAGUGUGGUAACUACCCAGGCUUCCUGACCAUCUUCAGAGCCACAGGCUUCGACGGAGGGAACAAAGCAGACCAGCUGGACUAUGAGAACUUCAGACACGUGGUGCACAAAUGGCACUACAAGCUGACUAAAGUGAGUUCCUCCCUUUAUUUCAAAGCCUUCUGAAGAAGUCAAUCUGCUCUAUUUGUCUUAUUAACGCCCAUUAAUUUAGCAACAUGCAUGCCCCUCCAACCUGAGGAUCUGUCUUUUCCUGUGUUUGAGGGGUGUACAAUCUGCUUGUCACAUAAAUCUCGCUGGAUUGAUUGCUUUCAUUUUACUGCUGUGACUCUUUCGUACUCUUGCUUGUGCCUGUUGUUUUUUCCCGUUAGUGUUACGACUGCGGAAAAUGUUGUAAUGACCUGUCAAACACACCCCGGUAAUGGCUGAAAUGGGCUCAAUGGAAUGCAUUGUCUUUCUGUUGCAUCUAUAAGAACGCUGAAGCUUUGUCGGGGAUUUAACGCAUCGUCUUGACACUUACAUCACAAGAAAGAGAAUAAAGAUAUUUUGAUGGGUGUUAAAUUUUUUGUGGAAUUGAAAAAAGUACGAAUUUAAUACAGUUGAAAUUUUACAAAUUAGAUGCGCAGAAAUGGAAGCAACUUUGAAUAUGAACACUUGGGUUAUAGUGAUGUCUGAUCUCACAAACAAUGUAAAGUAUGCAUAGAUGGGUGUAAUCUAGAGCCAAGCCUGUUGAUUUUUUAAUCUGAGGAUAUCCUGCUAUUGAAACACUUGUUGAGUAAUGCAACAGAAGGUGACAACAACAGUAGGGCUGUUGCGGUGACUGUAUUACCGCCAUUGUUCAGAAUGUAAUACUUUAAUUGAAAAGAAACGUGACAGACAAUGCUAGCAGGAAAUUGUACCCGCUCUGGGUGAGAAGCUCCUCAAACAUGAAGAGUCCGGUCUCCUCUGUAUAUGUACAGUAUAAUCAGAGGUCAGGCCAGUAACAAUACACCCCUCCUCCCCUCUCUCCCUCUGUGCCCUCCAGGCAUCAGUCCACUGCUUGGAGACGGGGGAGUACACCCACAUCCGGAACAUCCUCAUCGUGCUGACCAAGAUCCUGCCCUGCUACCCCAAAGUGCUGAACCUGGGCCAGGCGCUGGAGUGCCGCGUCCACAAGAUCUGUCUGGAGGAGAAGGAGAAGAGGCCAGACCUCUAUGCCUUGGCCAUGGGGUAACACGGAGUCCACCAGCCAUGUUGUUUGCAGUGCAGCACAAUCACAGACAGUUCACUAGCAUUGUGGGGUUUUAGUUAAUUGUUGGGCGCAAGUGACAAGUGUUUUGCUGUUAGGUUUGUCAGUUCGUUGUGUAGCUAGUACCGACUAAGGGUGGUGUUAAAUGGAGGUGUGUACUUUUCAUGCAGAAGAACUACAGUGAUAUAGAUGAAGUGGUAUUGGAUGAAUUAUCUUUAGGGAAGGUUGAGUUGUACUUUUAUCCAGAUGUUAUUUACAAUGGGAAGUACUUGUUGUGGAUGAUCUAAACAGAUUUGUGAGAUCAGAUAAGUGAUCUAGGUACUUUGUCUUGAGGUCAGUAGUAGAGGAUGAUCCUUAAGGAGCUGAUGGGGUAAUGAGAGCUGAUCAUUCAUUAAGGUGUGGGUCUAGUAUAGCUGCCUGGCUGUCUGCCCAACAGCCUGGGACUCCGUCAGUCAUGUGGUGCAGCUGUAAAGCACUGGAGACAGCUAAACAGACAAACAUAAUCCUCUACAGAGCUUUACGGGAUGUACCUGUCAAAUCCUCACUUAGAGACACACACUGAUCCCCUGUGUAUGUGUGUGUGUUUGUGUGUUAGGGUUUCUGUUUGGAAAAUGUGGCACCGGACAUUUGACCGGCAACAUUUUAAUUUACCAGACAUUUGAGAAAUAUACCGGACCUAUAUACAUUUGGUGGGUUUCCACCCACCGUGCUCAAAAUGACAGAAAUCCCAUUUAGAAUAGGGUCAUUCAUAUUACCAGGACAUGCAAGUCGAGGAUGCAACGAUGUGCGGUCCUUCUUACCAAAUUCUGAUGUGCACUUUGAACGUGUUAGAACAACUGUCCACAUUUACUUUUCGUCAGCCAACAAGACGAGUAAUGAACAACAAAAUCACUAGCCUUUGUACUAUAGUAUAAAGUUUAGGCUACCUAUUCUAUUGGUCAGCUUGUCGAGAAAGAAAUGGCCAAUUCCAAACAGACCCUGGAACAGUUGUGGGACGAUAGAUCCCAAAUUCAUACAACCAGUAGGCCUAUGCUACAUAAAAAUAAAAAAAACUUUAAAAAGCAAUGAGUCUGAUGCAACAGAUCAGAAUGUUUAGCUUAAAAUGUUAAACUAUUAUUUCUUCACAUUAUAAUCACAGCAAUGUGCACAAGGCAGCAGGUUACACACAAAUGUACGUUCCAUACUGUAAUUAGCUGGAAAACACUGUUGUCAAAAGGGCAAUGCACAUGCGAGCAGUUUCAUGUGACAGAGAUUAAAAUAUCUGUUAGAAAUGUAGAAAGAGAGGAGAUCUAAUAGGCUACUUUGAAGCAAGGUAAGACAUGCCUCGUAUUAAAACGUUCAGGUUUCAAACAAUUAAGUAUUGGUUUUCAAAAUGCAUACUGCCUCCAGCUCAUUGCAAAGUUGUGUGUGACGCGCUGAUCAAGCCUGCCUUCCAUUGCCAUUUGAUGCAGUGUAUGUAAAAUGUAUGCACUCACUAACUGUAAGUCGCUCUGGAUAAGAGCGUCUGCUAAAUGACUAAAUUGUAAAAAAAAAAAAAAAAAAAUCAAAACAACUGGGAACUGGGAAAUCUCAGACUUCCGACUUCAGUGUGUUCAAGACAACUGGGAAAAUAACUAGCUCCGACUGGGAAAAAUAUUUUGAACGGUCAUUCAACUUGGAAUUCCAACUCGGGAACUCAGGCCUCUUUCUAGAGCUCCGACUUUCCAACCUGAAGAUCACUGACGUCAUGAUUUGACCUUGUAUUUUUCCAGAGUUCCCAGUUGUCUUGAAAGCACCUCAAGAUGCUGCAGCAGCAGCUCUUGCACCGUCUGACUGAUUUUCCACUCAAAGGCUCUGUAUCUGUAUUCUGUACGCGUGUGAUAACUAAUAUACAGUGAGGGAAAGAAGUAUUUGAUCCCCUGCUGAUUUUGUACGUUUGCCCACUGACAAAUAAAUGAUCAGUCUAUAAUUUUAAUGGUAGGUUUAUUUGAACAGUGAGAGACAGAAUAACAACAACAAAAAUCCAGAAAAACGCAUGUCAAAAAAUGUUAUAAAUUGAUUUGCAUUUUAAUGAGGGAAAUAAGUAUUUGACCCCUCUGCAAAACAUGACUUAGUACUUGGUGGCAAAACCCUUGUUGGCAAUCACAAAGGUCAGACGUUUCUUGUAGUUGGCCACCAGGUUUGCACACAUCUUAGGAGGGAUUUUGUCCCACUCCUCUUUGCAGAUCUUCUCCAAGUCAUUAAGGUUUCGAGGCUGACGUUUGGCAACUCGAACCUUCAGCUCCCUCCACAGAUUUUCUAUGGGAUUAAGGUCUGGAGACUGGCUAGGCCACUCCAGGACCUUAUUGUGCUUCUUCUUGAGCCACUCCUUUGUUGCCUUGGCGGUGUGUUUUGGGUCAUUGUCAUGCUGGAAUACCCAUCCACGACCCAUUUUCAAUGCCCUGGCUGAGGGAAGGAGGUUCUCACCCAAGACUUGACAGUACAUGGCCCCGUCCAUCGUCCCUUUGAUGCGGUGAAGUUGUCCUGUCCCCUUAGCAGAAAAACACCCCCAAAGCAUAAUGUUUCCACCUACAUGUUUGACGGUGGGGAUGGUGUUCUUGGGGUCAUAGCCAGCAUUCCUCCUCCUCCAAACACGGCGAGUUGAGUUAAUGCCAAAGAGCUCGAUUUUGGUCUCAUCUGACCACAACACUUUCACCCAGUUCUCCUCUGAAUCAUUCAGAUGUUCAUUGGCAAACUUCAGACGGGCAUGUAUAUGUGCUUUCUUGAGCAGUGGGACCUUGCGGGCACUGCAGGAUUUCAGUCCUUCACGGCGUAGUGUGUUACCAAUUGUUUUCUUGGUGACUAUGGUCCCAGCUGCCUUGAGAUCAUUGACAAGAUCCUCCCAUGUAGUUUUGGGCUGAUUCCUCACCGUUCUCAUGAUCAUUGCAACUCCACGAGUUGAGAUCUUGCAUGGAGCUCCAGGCCGGGGGAGAUUGACAGUUAUUUUGUGUUUCUUCCAUUUGCGAAUAAUCGCACCAUCUGUUGUCACCUUCUCACCAAGCUGCUUGGCGAUGGUCUUGUAGCCCAUUCCAGCCUUCUGUAGGUCUACAAUCUUGUCCCUGACAUCCUUGGAGAGCUCUUUGGUCUUAGCCAUGGUGGAGAGUUUGGAAUCUGAUUGAUUGCUUGCUUCUGUGGACAGGUGUCUUUUAUACAGGUAACAAGCUGAGAUUAGGAGCACUCCCUGUGCUCCUAAUCUCAGCUCGUUACCUGUAUAAAACACACCUGGGAGCCAGAAAUCUUUCUGAUUGAGAGGGGGUCAAAUACUUAUUUCUCUCAUUAAAAUGCAAAUCAAUUUAUAAUAUUUUUGACAUGCGUUUUUCUGGAUUUUUUUGUUGUUAUUCUGUCUCUCACUGUUCAAAUAAAUCUACCAUUAAAAUUAUAGACUGAUCAUUUCUUUGUCAGUGGGCAAACGUACAAAAUCAGCAGGGGAUCAAAUACUUUUUUCCCUCACUGUACUGUACGCAAGUUUAAUUCCACUAAAUUGUGCACAUGAACCUAUAGACCGAUAAUCAUGACCAGUCAAAUGUAUUUUACAUCAACUGGUAUUUCCAUCAAUUAAUAGGCUAUCAAGCAUUAUUUUGCAAUGGAAUGCUUUCUUCUUCCCCCAGACAAUUGGCUGGCACCAAUGUUAUUCAUCGUCUUAAAAAAAAAAAAAUCUCUCUGACAAAAGCCAGCCAUUACCGGCUAACGGAAACCCUGGUGUGUGUGGAAGUGGAGAGAUGUUAUAAUUAUUAUUAAUUGCCGAUGUGGAUAGUGUUUUGUAGCUGUGGUGUGUCUAUGGGUGUUUUAGUUUGGCAUGUGUAUGGGGUGUGAUGCUGUGUGAUUUCCCUGCCUGUACCUUGUGUAAACUCUCUGUGCAUCUUACAGCUAUUCUGGCCAGUUGAAAGGCAGGAAGGUGCACAUGGUCCCUGAGAAUGAGUUCCACCACAAGGAGCAACCAGUGCGGAGCGCCACCACUGCCAGCCAGCUGAAUGGCCCUGGCACCACAGCCAAGCCUACCACCAACACCAGCAAGACUGAGGAGGGAGCCUGCGAGGACGCUGGUGAGUGGGGGAGAUCCAACCAGUAUGCACUGGGUCUGGCCUUCUGUCAUAAUAUUAGAGGAAAGUAUUAGAACAUUCCUCCCCCUGACAAUGAUAUUUCCCUUGUGGUUACAUGUCACACAAUAUGACAGGUGUUUAGAAUCUUAAUUAGCAUGAGGAAAUGUGUUUUAUUGAAAGGGCCAUUGUGUUCAUGCUGUUGCUGCUUCAUGUUUUGAUAGACCGAUCCAAGGAUAAAUCUCAGGGGGCGGCGAAGCCAGUGAACAAAGCCAACAGCACAGCGGCCAAAGUGACCACCAGCAACGGGAAUGGUGCUCCUAACAGGUAGGCAUGGAGACUAGCCAACAGCAGCCAAACAGCGCUGGGGCUGGGAAACAACUAGAUAGAUAUUUAUUCAUUUAUUUACUGUUCUCAACUAUUACGCUAUUGCUCAUGAAUAUGUUUUUAAAAAGGCCUUAAUAAAACAGGAAAGAGAAUCAAUUGUUUGAAUAUUAGUGAGUCAGUGAAUCCCCAGAUUGGAAUCUAACACAGCACUUUGAACUGGUGGAUAUAAAAACUAGACAUCUGAAGUUUUGCCUCAUGUAUGAUUCUAUCCAGGUAUUAAAGAAUGACUCUUAAAUGACUAUUAAAAGAGAAAGUUGAAUCAUUCUUGGCUUUUGCUUAUCUGCACAUCCGUUGCAUGUUAAUGUUGAACUCUGAACCAUGUCCAUUCUGUUUCCCUCGCAGCACCAAAGCCUUCAAAGAGAGGGAUGACAAGGAAAAGAGCGGGAAGGAGAAGAAAGAGAAGAAGGAGAAGACUCCAGGCAGCACACCGGAGACCAAGGGGGAGAGCCGGAGGGAGAAGCAGAGGGACGAGAGAGGAGCAGGUGGCAAGGAGGAGCGGGCGCCACGCGAGGGUAAGGAGAAGAUGCCCAAGGCAGACCGGGACAAGCAGAAGGCGGAGGAGAAGAGCAGCAAAGAGGACAACAAGGCCAAAGCCGGCAACGGAGAGCCCAAGGAGCUGUCCAGGGAGCGCGACACUGGCGCCAAGGAGCCCAAGAUCAAGGAGAAGGGAGGAGACAAGAGUGCUGUGUCUGUGUCCCUCAAGUCUCCAGUUCCCCGAUCUGAGUCUGCUGAAUCUGAGAGGGGUAAGCAACCUUACCGCCAACACUGGCUCUGCACUUAUACUGUUUCUGCUGGUUGUCAAGGGGUAAUUGGAGCUAUUAGUUUGAAUGUGCCAGUUGAAAUUAGAAAUUAAUUUAAUCCUCCUGUUUUUUUUCCAGAUCACAAAAGGCGAAAACUCGAUACCCACUCUUCACCAUCCCACUCUUCCUCUCUCAAGGUUAGUAUGGCCUGAGGAAAGCUGAGCCCGUGUUUCUUCCCUUUCUGCCGGAUCGUUCCCAACUGUUGCGUGUUCCAUCGGCCCUCAAGAUCACCAAGGAGAGUUCUCAUACACACAGGAAAGCCCCGUCUGGAAUCACCUUCGUAAACCAUGGGAGUUUGAAAAUAAUUCCAUUUGGACUUUUCCUUAAUAUAUUUCCUGAGUGGGGAUAAUCAUCAAGGACUUAGCCAAGAGAAUAAUGUAUAUAUCGAUUAUUUGAAAUAUUAAUUUAUUUUAAUGUGAAGGAAAGCAGUAAAAGUGCCUUGGAGAAGAGAGGAAUAUGUGUUCCUGUAUUCCCCACCCUUUUUCUUUUUUUGAGAGUGAUAUUUUUCCUCAAGUAAAAUUGCUUCCAAAGUCAUGAGAUUUUUCGUUUUUUGCUGGCAAGCUGAAAAGAAGAUUUAUUUGGAUUUUUUCCCCCUCUAAGAUCCCCCUGGUAUUUUCCCAGUUCAAAAUAGCACCCAAGAUUAAGAGUUUUUUUUCCCCAUUUUCCGGCAAGCUGAGAAGAUUUAUUGGUUGAAGUGGUGUGACGUGUUUUUAUUUUCCUUUGAAUCUGCGGGAAUCCAGCAGGGGUGGUGGGCUGAGUUCGGAGUCGCACAGUGUCUUCAGAAGAAGUCUCGGUAUCUGCUGUUAGCUCUGAUCUGUUCAAAAGGCCCGCAUGCAGCCUCAGUCUGUACCUACGCUUCCACUCAAGAUGUGUACACAGUCAGUCGCUCCUGUGGUCCACCUACAACCACCAACCCCCCUCAUCACCCCUACCACCCUAUCACACGCGCAGUGGGAACCCCAGGCACCACCAGCACCCAGGCCCACGGAGAGCAAGAGAGGAGAGGCAGAGCCUCAGUUUUACACCGGCCAAAAGUACAGGAGGAAAAUAAAGCCUGCCUACCGCCACAGAGAGCACGAGAGGGAGAGAGAAAGUGUGGGCGAAGCCUUCUGGAUCUGCUGGAGCGUUGCCUAAACCGCUUGAAGCUUGUGAUAGGUCUUAAUGUUUACUACCACCAGAGAGAUAGGCUCCCUGUGUCUUAUCCAUUCUCAACUGUAAGUGACAACAACAGAGUGCUAAAACAUAGGAGAGCAGAGCACACAUGAAAUUCAAUUCAUUUGUCAGAUACACACACACACACACUCAGUUCAGUUGUUUUGUUAGUUUACACCACAUGCACUAUAAACAAAGUGUUCUGUAGGCCUCUUUGAGAUGCUGCAUUUAAUCCCAGAGAAUCUUUUGUAGAAAAAAAUCACACACUUUCAUCUCACUUCUCAGGGUUUUUCUAAUCUAAUGUAAAGCUGAUGAGAUGACCCCUGUUAAAGAUAAAUGAACUCUCCUCUCUUUUAAUAACCUUGUGAAAGCCUUAGUCCUUGAAGGUCAGAGGUCAAGGGGGAAGGAAGUGUGACGUCGGUCCGUCCAGCCCCUGAAACCCCCCUCCUCCCGACUCUCUCCUGACCUGCUGUCUGACAACCCCCCCCCCAGCUCAUCUGUCAUCUCCAUUCAUUCCUACAGGACAAUAGCAACGAACCCAAGGACUCUGCAUCCAAGGUUUGGACUCCUCCUAAACACUACUCUAUCACUAUUCACCUUGACUGUUAUCUUCAUUCUCUUUCUCCAAGUGCUAUGAGGAGGGGGUCAGUUAGAAGUACUUGGAUGAUUACACUUAUUGAAUGUGAAAAUGUACCAUUUUGCAGACAGUGUCCAAAUAAAUCUGACUUGCAUAAGAAGUCAUUGCUGAAUAGUAAAACCUGAGAUAUCACCUUAGGCAUGCCUGUUUAAGUCCGCUCUGUGCCAGGCAGCCAGACCUCCACACUAAGUUUUGAUGAGUUCAGUGGAGUCAUGGGAAAGAUUAGAGAGAUGUCCAGGACGGCAGACUGUUGUGUGAAAAGGUCCUGAUUGUUUUAAGCAGGCGGCUUUUCUUCCUCUGCCUGUGAUCACUUUCUAAGGCUGUCUCUGAUGCCUGCCCGGGCGGAAGACUCAUUAGCUAUGCGUGUGAUGUGCUGUGAAAACACUAUGAGAAGGAGAGAGUAAUCCUCUAUUGAGCCCACAUUACAGACCUGUCUCUCUUUUUCUCUCUCACACACACACACCUUCAUCCAUCCGCCUCUGUUCCAUAUUGAUUUCUGAUAUUCGUUUAAAGCGAAACAGUUAGUCUUUAUUAAGCUGUAGUUUUUUUGGCUCGUUUUAAGACCAAAGCCUGACAUUCCUUUUCAGCACCAAAACCCCUAUAAGCCUUAGUCCAUAUGUAUUGGGUUGCGCUCAAAUCAGUAGCCAUAGCACAGUUGUUCCUCUGUCUAGAUUCUCCCUCUCUCCCCCUGCAGACUGAGCUAGAGAUGGUCUAGAUGAAUAAUUCAUACAGCAGGUACACGGUUGGUUUGUUGAAUUUGUAUCGAGUUAGACAGCGCACAGGUAGCAGUGCUCUGCUGUCAGUGGCCAGUGCUAGUCUGCUAUUUUGAUCUACCGCCCGCAGUGCCCACAGUCCAGACUCAUGGUUCACUGUGAAGUUGUUGGGAUGAUAUCUAUGCUCUCUUGACUGAGCUGCAGUCACUGGUGACCUAGUUGUUGAUGAGGGAGAUGUAUUGAUAUUUGUUUGGUGUCUGAAUACUGAUGAUGAUACACCUUACUUCUCCUCUGACCACCGAGUUAGGGAUAGAGUUUAACUUUGUAGUGUCAAUCUUGUUAAAAUGUUUGUGAUGUUCCAUUAUACUACACUGAACAAAAAUAUAAACACUAUGUAAACUAUUGGUCUCAUGUUAAAUGAGCUGAAAGAAAAGACCCCAGAAAUCUUUCAUACGCGCAAAAAGCUUUCUCUCAAAUUUUGUGCACAAAUUUGUUUACAUCCCUGUUAGUGAGCCUUGCUCCUUUGCCAAGAUAAUCCAUCCACCUGACAGGUGUGGCAUAUCAAGAAGCUGAUUAAACAGCAUGAUUAUUACACAGGUGCACCUUGUGCUGGGGAAAAUAAAAGGCCACUCUAACAUGUGCAGUUUUGUCACACAACACAAUGCCACAGAUGUCUCAAGAUUUGAGGGAGCGUGUCAGUUGGCAUGCUCACUGCAGGAAUGUCCACCAGAUCUUUUGCCAGAGAAUUGAAUGUUAAUUUCUCUACCAUAAGCCACCUCCAACGUUGUUUUAGAGAAUUUGGCAGUACAUCCAACCGGCCUCACAACCGCAGACCACGUGUAUCCACGCCAGCCCAGGACCUCCACAUCCGGCUUCUUCACCUGCGGGAUCAUCUGAGACCAGCCACCCGGACAGCUGAUGAAACUGUGGGUUUGCGCAACCGAAGAAUUUCUGCACAAACUGCCAGAAACCAUCUAUGGGAAGCUCAUCGUGCUCGUCGUCCUCACCAGGGUCUUGAACUGACUACAGUUCGGCUUCGUAACCGACUUCAGUGGGCAAAUGCUCACCACGGAUGGCCACUGGCACGCUGGAGAAGUUUGCUCUUCACGGAUGAAUCCCGGUUUCAACUGUACCGGGCAGAUGGCAGACAGCGUGUAUGGCGUUGUGUGGGCGAGCGGUUUGCUGAUGUCAACGUUGUGAACAGAGUGCCCCAUGGUGGCAGUGGGGUUAUGGUAUGGGCAGGCAUAAGCUACGGACAACGAAUACAAUUGCUUUUUACCGAUGGCAGUUUGAAUGCACAGAGAUACCAUGAUGAGAUCCUGAGGCCCAUUGUUGUGCCAUUCAUCCGCCGCCAUCACCUCAUGUUUCAGCAUGAUAAUGCACAGCCCCAUAUCGCAAGGAUCUGGAAGCUGAAAAUGUCCCAGUUCUUCCAUGGCCAGCAUACUCACCAGACAUGUCACCCAUUGAGCAUGUUUGGGAUGCUCUGGCUCAACGUGUACGACAGCGUGUUCCAGUUCCCGCCAAUAUUCAUCAACUUCGUACAGCCAUUGAAGAGGAGUGGGACAACAUUCCACAGGCCACAAUCAACAGCCUGAUCAACUCUAUGCAAAGGAGAUGUCGCACUGCAUGGGGCAAACCUUUCUUUUUAAAGAUAUCUGUGACCAACAGAUGCAUAUCCCAGUCAUGUGAAAACCAUAGAUUAGGGCCUAAUUUAUUGCAAUUGACUGAUUUCCUAAUAUUAACUAUAACUCAGUAAAAUUAGUAGAAAUUGUUGCAUGUUGCGUUUAUAUUUUUCUUAAGUGUAUUUUAUCAUUUGUUAUCUGAAUCAGGAUCGCAUGGUGUGUUUGAUUUGGUCCCAGAAUUCUCUGCUCUUCGAUCUCUUUUUCUCUUCUAUCUCCAGUUUAUGAAGCUGCUCUAUAUUUCCUAGUGAUUUUCCUCCAGGAACUAACUGUCAGCCACUUAGCGGUUCGUUUACACUAAAUGAUCAGCAACACAUAGUAGAAUGUACAGGGUCUGCCUGGGCAUAUGGGCUUAUAUUUUAAAGUUAAUGGCUUGGUAAUAGGUACACACAUAUUCAGGAGGACAGGCAGAUUUCAGCACACACGUUUCAAGGUAUCCUCCAGUAAGUGGACAGAAUGCCAUGCAAUGUAAUUUUUUAUCUAUUUUGGUCUGUGUUUGUUUGUAUGCUCAUUCCUUACAGCACCACAUCAACUACAAUUCCGUCGCGCGGUCCAAGAGCAGAGAGAGGGAGACGGACAAGAAAGAGUCAGAGAAUACCCGGGGCCGUUCCAAAGAGAAGAAGGCCGAAGACAAAGACAGAAAGGACAGGAAGAGAGUGAGUAUUUUAGAUGCCAUGCUGCAUUGAGAGAGCAAGGGAGAGAUGUUAAAGGUGGACUCCAAGGGGGAAAGGAGUGUUCUUAUCUGAUCUUGUGCUUGUUCCCAUCUUGAUUUGAUAAGACAAAUACUUCCGAAGAAUUCUAACCUAUAUCUUAUUGUUUUGCAUUGAUUGUCAAGACUGGUGAGAUUGUUAUGAUUCACCGUCCUUAAAGAAGUUCUCACAGGGGAAGUGAAAUGAUUGGCUCAUGAUCAUUCGCACCUCAAAUUACAGUGCCUUCAGAAAGUAUUCACACCCCUUGACAGCCUGAAUUUAAAAUGGAUUAAAUAGAGCUUUUGUCACUGAUCUACACAAUACCCCAUAAUGUCAGUGGAAUUAUGUUUUUAGACAUUUUUACAAAUUUAUAAAAAAUGAAAAGCUGAAAUGUCUUCAGUCAGUAAGUAUUCAACCUUUUUGUUAUGGCAAGCCUAAAUAAGUUCAGGAGUAAACAUUUGCUUAACAAGUCCCAUAAUAAGUUGCAUGGACACAACUUGUUUGCAAUAAUAGUGUUCAACAUUAUUUUAAAUGAUUACCUCAUCUCUGUAUCCCAUACAAUUAUCUGUAAAGUCCCCAAGUCGAAAAGUAAAUUUCAAACACAGAUUCAUCCACAAAGACCAGGGAGGUUUUACUAUGGUUUGCAAAGGACACCUAUUGGUAGAUGGAUUUUUUAAAAAGCAGACAUUGAAUAUCCCUUUGAGUAUGGUGCAGUUAUAAACGUUUGACUUUGGAUGGUGUAUCAAUACGCCCAGUCACUACAAAGAUAGACACCCUUCCUAAAUCAGUUGCCGGAGAGGAAGGAAACCGCUCAGGGAUUUCACCAUGAGGCCAACAGUUAGUUUAAUUGCUGUGAUAGGAGAUAGGUGAGGAUGGAUCAACAACAUUGUAGUUACUCCACAAUACUAAAUGACAAAGUGAAAAGAAGGAAGCCUGUACAUGCAUACUGUUUGCAAUAAGGUACAAAGUAAUACUGCAAAGAAAUUGAAUACAAAGCGUUAUGUUUGGGGCAAAUCCAACAUCACCGAGUACCACUCUUCAUAUUUUCAAGAAUGGUGGUGGCUGCACCAUGUUAUGGGUAUGCUUGUUAUCGGCAAGGACUAAGGAGUUUUUUAGGCUUAAAAGAAAUAGAGCUAAGCAUAGAGGAAAACCUGGUUGUCUGCUUUCCAACAGAAACUGGGAGACAAAUUCACCUUUCAGCAGGACAAUAACCUAAAACAAAAGGCCAAAUAUACACUGGAAUUGCUUACCAAGAUGACAUUGAAUGUUCCUGUGGCCUAGUUACAGCUUUGACUUAAAUUGACUUGUAAAUCUAUGGCAAUACUUGAAAUGGCUGUCCAAAAGUGAUAAAACAGAGCUUGACUCAUUAAUACAAUUAAAUAAUGGGCAAAUAUUGUACAAUCCAGGCAUGCAAAGCUCUUAGAGACUUACUCAGAAAGACUUACAGCUUUAAUCACUGCUUUAAUCACAAGUGAUUGUAACAUGUAUUGGCGCAGGGGGUUGAAUAGUUAUCUAAUCAGGAUAUAUUCGUGUUUUAUUUUCCUUUUAUAAAAAAAAGUAUUAAUCUUCCACUUUGAUAUUAAGAGUAUUUUGUGUAGAUCGUUGACAAAAAAUAAAUGUUAAUCCCACUUUGUAACACAACAAAAUGUGGAAAAAGUCAUUAGGUGUGAAUACUUUCUGAAGGCACUGUUAACUAUAAGUUCCUUGAAUUUUCUUUCGUGGGUGCCUUUUCAUUAUCUGUUUAAACACUUGUGGUUUCUUGCUAACGUUACACCAAUCAAAGCAGUGGAGCGUGUAGUGAAGCAAAACUUGAGUGAUCAAAACCAUAGGGCUACGGGGGGAGCGGGUUUGUAAAAUGCUAUCAUGCAAUUACACCAUUUAUAAAAUGGUCAUAUAUACACUACCGGUCAAAAGUUUUAGAACACCUACUCAUUCAAGGGUUUUUCUUUAUUUUUACUAUUUUCUACAUUGUAGAAUAAUAGUGAAGACUUCAGAACUAUAAAAUAACACAUAUGGAAUCAUGUAGUGACCAAAAAAGUGUUAAACAAAUCAUAAUAUAUUUUAGAUUUUUAGAUUCUUCAAAUAGCCACACUGCCUUGAUGACAGCUUUGCACACUCUUGGCAUUCUCUCAACCAGCUUCACCUGGAUUGCUUUUCCAACAGUCUUGAAGGAGUUCCCACAUAUGCUGAGCACUUGUUGGCUGCUGUUCCUUCACUCUGCCGUCAGACUCAUCCCAAACCAUCUCAAUUGGGUUGAGGUCGGGGGAUUGUGGAGGCCAGGUCAUCUGAUGCAGCACCAUCACUCUCCUUCUUGGUAAAAUAGCCCUUACACAGCCUGGAGGUGUGUUGGGUAAUUGACCUGUUGAAAAACAAAUGCUAGUCCCACUAAACCCAAACCAGAUGGGAUGGCAUGGCAUAUCGCUGCAGAAUGCUGUGGUAGCCAUGCUGGUUAAGUGUGUUUUGAAUUAUAAAUAAUUCACGGACAGUGUCACCAGCAAAGCACCCCCACACCAUUUCACCACCUCCUCCGUGCUUCACGGUGGGAAAUACACAUGCGGAGAUCAUCCGUUCACCCACACCGCAUCUCACAGAGACAGCGGUUGGAACCAAAAAUCUCCAAUUUGGACUCCAGAGCAAAGGACAAAUUUCCACCGGUCUAAUGUCCAUUGCUCGUGUUUCUUGGCCCAAGCAAGUCUCUUCUUCUUAUUGGUGUCCUUUAGUAGUGAAGGCCUGAUUCACAGUCUCCUCUGAACAGUUGAUGUUGAGAUGUGUCUGUUACUUGAGCUCUGUGAAGCAUUUAUUCGGGCUGCAAUUUCUGAGACUGGUAACUAAUGAACUUAUCCUCUGCAGGUAACUUUGGGUCUUCCAUUCCUGUGGCGGUCCUCAUGAGAGCCAGUUUCAUCAUAGCACUUGAUUGUUUUUGCAGCUGCACUUGUAGGAACUUUCAAAGUUCUUGAAAUUUUCCGGAUUGACUGACCUUCAUGUCUUAAAGUAAUGAUGGAUUGUCGUUUCUCUUUGCUUAUUUGAGCUGUUCUUGCCAUAAUAUGGACUUAGCCCUAUUUGGUAAAAGAGCAUCUUCUGUAUACCCCCCCUACCUUGUCACAACACAACUGAUUGGCUCAAACACAUUAAGAAGGAAAGAAAUUCCACAAAUUAACUUUUAAGAAGGCACACCUUUUAAUUGAAAUGCAUUCCAGGUGACUACGUCAUGAAGCAGAUUGAGAGAAUGCCAAGAGUGUGCAAAGCUGUCAUCAAGGCAAAGGGUGGCUAUUUGAAGAAUCUCAAAUAUAAAAUAUAUUUUCAUUUGUUUAACACUUUUUUGGUUACUACAUGAUUCCAUAUGUGUUAUUUCAUAAUUUUGAUGUCUUCACUAUUAUUCUCUACAAUGUAGAAAAUAGUAAAAUUAAAGAAGAACCGUUGAAUGAUGAGUAGGUGUUCUAAAACUUUUGACCGGUAUGUUAUGUAUUUUUAAUAUAGACUAGUUAUAAAAUAAGUGAAAAUUGACAAAUUAUCGCAUGGAUUAUGAUAAUAAAAAAAGGGGAAAAUAUUGUACUUUUCUCCAUGGCUCAGGCUGCCAAGUGGACACAAGGCUGUUUGGCUCAUCUUUCGCGAAGAGGAAUAACUUUGCAGGUGUUUCUGAUUAAUAAACAAUGCCAUGCUGGUGGGUGGUAACAUUCAAAUGAAACACAGCCCUGAAAUUAAACGUAGGAUAAACAAUUUGUACUUCAUAUCAUAGGAAAAGACACUGCAUUCACACGGAUGUGGGCUGUUCGGAUUUGUCACUUCAAGCCCAAAUAUAUCAUACUUUACUAAAACUAUGACUUAUUGGAUUAAAUUGUCGUGCAACAUCAAAUCAAAUCAAAUUGUAUUGGUCACAUGCGCCGAAUACAACAGGUGCAGACAUUACAGUGAAAUGCUUACUUACAGCCCUUAACCAACAGUGCAUUUAUUUUAAACAAAAAAAGUAAGAAUAAAACAACAACAAAAAAAGUGUUGAGAAAAAAAGAGCAGAAGUAAAAUAAAGUGACAGUAGGGAGGCUAUAUAUACAGUAAAAUAAAGUGACAGUAGGGAGGCUAUAUAUACAGGGGGGUACCGUUGCAGAGUCAAUGUGCGGGGGCACCGGCUAGUUGAGGUAGUUGAGGUAAUAUGUACAUGUGGGUAGAGUUAAAGUGACUAUGCAUAAAUACUUAACAGAGUAGCAGCAGCGUAAAAAGGAUGACCCAUGAUGCUCAACAUCAUGGGUAAGCUCUGGCCAUCUUCUUUCAGCUUGAAAAAGUGGAUUUCUACUGGUGUGUAGGGCUGUUGCGGUGACCGUAUUACCGCCACAUGGCGGUCACGAGUCAUGAAGGCAGUCAAUAAUAAUAAUAAUAACAAUAAUGAUAAUUAGGCUUCUCCAAGCUCUGAUGCUGCUGAUGGUCAUUAGUAGCCUACCAAACUUGCUAACUGCCUGGUACUCAGCACUUUAUUGUCCCUCUAAUCACUCUGACAUCAAUGCAAAUUUCUUGAAAAUCUAAUCAAACACUUAAUGAGAGCCCGUGAGCUCAUGUUGCUCAACAUUUCUAUAGGCUAUGCAAUUGCACGAGAAAACAGAGUGAUGGCCUCUAUUAAAAAGAGGAGGAUCCCAUCAGCUUUCUAUAGGCUAGGCCUACUAUAUUUAUUUCUCAACUUUCCUAAUAUUAAGCCAAUAUUAAGCACAUUGCUUAUCUUUACAACAGGAGUAUAGCCUACCUGGCUGGCAUGAAAAUGAACCACAGGAAAAGUGUCCUCCAUUCACUAUUGAAGUGCAGCGAUGACAUGUCUUUUUCCCCUGCCCCUGUUUCGAGACAGGUGAAUGAUAAUGGUCCAUUCUAAAUCAAAACACAUUUCGCACAUAUAUUAUUUAUUAUACAGUGGGGAAAAAAAGUAUUUAGUCAGCCACCAAUUGUGCAAGUUCUCCCACUUAAAAAGAUGAGUGAGGCCUGUAAUUUUCAUCAUAGGUACACGUCAACUAUGACAGACAAAUUGAGGAAAAAAAAUCCAGAAAAUCACAUUGUAGGAUUUUUAAUGAAUUUAUUUGCAAAUUAUGGUGGAAAAUAAGUAUUUGGUCACCUACAAACAAGCAAGAUUUCUGGCUCUCACAGACCUGUAACUUCUUGUUUAAGAGGCUCCUCUGUCCUCCACUCGUUACCUGUAUUAAUGGCACCUGUUUGAACUUGUUAUCAGUAUAAAAGACACCUGUCCACAACCUCAAACAGUCACACUCCAAACUCCACUAUGGCCAAGACCAAAGAGCUGUCAAAGGACACCAGAAACAAAAUUGUAGACCUGCACCAGGCUGGGAAGACUGAAUCUGCAAUAGGUAAGCAGCUUGGUUUGAAGAAAUCAACUGUGGGCGCAAUUAUUAGGAAAUGGAAGACAUACAAGACCACUGAUAAUCUCCCUCGAUCUGGGGCUCCACGCAAGAUCUCACCCUAUGGGGUCAAAAUGAUCACAAGAACGGUGAGCAAAAAUCCCAGAACAACACGGGGGGACCUAGUGAAUGACCUGCAGAGAGCUGGGACCAAAGUAACAAAGCCUACCAUCAGUAACACACUAUGCCGCCAGGGACUCAAAUCCUGCAGUGACAGACGUGUCCCCCUGCUUAAGCCAGUACAUGUCCAGGCCCGUCUGAAGUUUGCUAGAGUGCAUUUGGAUGAUCCAGAAGAGGAUUGGGAGAAUGUCAUAUGGUCAGAUGAAACCAAAAUAGAACUUUUUGGUAAAAACUCAACUUGUCGUGUUUGGAGGACAAAGAAUGCUGAGUUGCAUCCAAAGAACACCAUACCUACUGUGAAGCAUGGGGGUGGAAACAUCAUGCUUUGGGGCUGUUUUUCUGCAAAGGGACCAGGACGACUGAUCCGUGUAAAGGAAAGAAUGAAUGGGGCCAUGUAUCGUGAGAUUUUGAGUGAAAACCUCCUUCCAUCAGCAAGGGCAUUGAAGAUGAAACGUGGCUGGGUCUUUCAGCAUGACAAUGAUCCCAAACACACUGCCCGGGCAACGAAGGAGUGGCUUCGUAAGAAGCAUUUCAAGGUCCUGGAGUGGCCUAGCCAGUCUCCAGAUCUCAACCCCAUAGAAAAUCUUUGGAGGGAGUUGAAAGUCUGUGUUGCCCAGCGACAGCCCCAAAACAUCACUGCUCUAGAGGAGAUCUGCAUGGAGGAAUGGGCCAAAAUACCAGCAACAGUGUGUGAAAACCUUGUGAAGACUUACAGAAAACGUUUGACCUGUGUCAUUGCCAACAAAGGGUAUAUAACAAAGUAUUGAGAAACUUUUGUUAUUGACCAAAUAAUUAUUUUCCACCAUAAUUUGCAAAUAAAUUCAUAAAAAAUCCUAAAAUGUGAUUUUCUGGAUUUUUUUUCCUCAUUUUGUCUGUCAUAGUUGACGUGUACCUAUGAUGAAAAUUAUAGGCCUCUCUCAUCUUUUUAAGUGGGAGAACUUGCACAAUUGGUGGCUGACUAAAUACUUUUUUUCCCCACUGUAUGUAAAGACAAGAUUAAAUCAAGAAUAGUCUGAUGGGUGACAAUAUUAACCUAUCAUUUGUGAAUUAUAUAUUAUCACUUAUGAAUGAUGCCCAGCUUAAGGCAAGAAACAAUGCCUUUUUGUUGUGACUUUUUCUAAUCAUAGUCACACACCUCAUGUAGCCUAACCCAUAGGCCUAUGUGUUUUGAUAAGGUUUGUAUCACAACUAAAGUGGCCAAAUAGCUUCUUAAAAUUAAGCACAUUAAUCCGCUUUACAAGUGGUGUAGCGCCUAACUGGCAUACGUAAGCAGCGCGCAAAUUUCAAGUUUGGGGAGAUCAUUUUCGCCAUAAAAAUGCACCUUUUUAUAAUAAAAGCAUUACAUGCAUAAUUGCAUUUGCGGUCACUUUUGAUAAUGGUGUUUUCCGCUAAUGGAACAUUCGUGCUUAUAGCCUACUGCCGUGUGCACAUUGCUGCACUUAUAAUGUGAAGAAAUAGCCUAAUAGUUUAUAAACAUUUUAAGAUAAACGUUCUGAUCUGUUGCGUCUGCCUAAUUUUUUUUUUAUGCUAGUGGUUGUAUUAGUUUGGGAUCUAUCGCAUCCCACAACUGUCCCAGACUAUGGUUGGAAUAUUUAUUUCUCGCACAGAAUAAAAUAGGUCAACUUUUGUACUAUGAGGGAUAGUAGAUUGACAUAGGCUAGUGCUUUUGCUGUUUGUUAGGCCUACUCAUCUUGUUGGCUGACGAAAAGUAAAUGUGGUCAGCUCUUCCAAUAUCUUCAAUAUGCACCUCGGAAUUGGAUAAGGACGCGCACAGUUGCGUCCCCGAUGUCUGUCUUCACUUGUAGCCUGUGAGAAAGACCCGAUCACAUGAUGGAGAGCCAUGUGAGUGAGAUGAGAGGUGCUUCGGAGCAGGCAGUCGAGGCAUUAUCAAGUGCUUCUUAAAUGUUGAAUGAGAGACUGAUGAAGUGUGUACAGCCUGCACAAAAAACAAAGCAGAGCUCAUGCCUUUUCAAGCAACUUUUUUCAAAUCAUCAUUAGAGUCGCAUCAUGCAGCCUUACAAUGUAUUACAAAUCUAAACAUAUAGCCCAAGCCUAAACACAACUCAAGUUACAUUAAUAACUCUAAAUUAAGCAUAUAGGAGUACCUAUUUCUUUGUUAACUGCUCAACACAGAAUAGCCUCAUGUGCAAACUCCUUCAAAUCGUUUGGAGAAAAUAUCCUUUCUAUUUUAUUCAGCUUUGUUCAGUUGUAUUCUUCAUACUAUAAAAUAAUAUAAAAUAAUGCCAUGGAAUUCUAAGCAAAUCUUGUCUGCCAAAUGAACUAGUGUAGCACACAGCCAUAAUGCAUAGCUAGAUCAGGACCUAACAUAACGACAACUGAGUGUGCUUUCUUUUCUCCCGAAAUAGACUAAAUUUUCUUCAUAUCAUGUUAGUUUAGACCUGUCUAAAAUAAAGAAUGGAUUUAUUGUGAAGGUGUAGGCUAUAUUACAUGGACUUUUUCGACUUUUUAAAAUGUAGAUGUUCAGAAGGUCUGCAUCAGUGGCUUGUAGGCUAUGUGUGGAAGCUAGGAGAUGCUAAAUGUGCUCAUGUUAAUUAACGGUAAAUUACCAUGAGACUGUCAGUUAUUUGCUUGACAAUCACCGACUGACGAAAUUUCGUGACCGCCACAGCCCUACUGGUGUGGGCAUUUUAAUUAUUUUCCAUCUUUUUUUAGGACCAUGUGACCACUGACCGCGAGAUGAGCCUAGAAUCCAAACGCAGAAAAGAUGAAAAUGGAACCAGUAAGUUAUAUCCCUGUACAUAACAAGCAUACGGAUUUUAAAGCAUCAAUAUUCAAUAUGGAUAUGAUCAAUAUUCAUGGUUGGUUCUUCUUCCUCUUCUCUCCCAGAUUCCUCCAACAAACACAGCAAGAGCGCCAGUCCCUCCUCAGACUCCCCGGUCUCUGCUGACAAAGAGAAGACCAAGAGGUCCAAGUCCUCCAGCAAGGAAAAGGGAGAGUCUGCUAAACCUGAGAGAAACUCUUCCGGGGGCAAGAAGGUAGGUAGUACUGCCCUGGUCCUGGACCCUAGCAGAACACAACACAGUGGGGCUCAGUAAUUUCCCUCCCAGGUAGGGGCCAUAGUCUCCUCAUAGUUUUUUAGUUUUUGUUGCUGCUCAGUCAAAGCAGUUAAGCUUUAAUGGUCUUGGCCCAGCCAUGACAUGAGUGGUGUGUUUUUGUACAGCUUCUCUGGCCCUUUUAAAUAAGUAAAGGAACUGGGCUGCUGCUGCUGCAGAUGAAUAAUUGAACCAGCACCAACAUCACAUAUGUGCAUAUAGGAACUAUUGGCCAUAUGUACUGUACAUACAUACAGUUUGUAGCCAACACAUUGGUGGCCCAGGUGUACUCUGUGCCACUGGUGGCAGUAGUGAUGUUUUGAUUGGCAUGUGUGUUUCCUGUCUACUGUUAAAGGAGUCGAGGCAUGACAAAGAAAAACCUGACAAGAAGGAGAAGAGGGACAGCAGCGGCGGAAAGGAAGAGAAAAAACAAUAUCCUUAA